GCUACACUGAGGUAAUUUUCUUAGCUAUUUGAUGGUAGUGGAACUUUAAUAAUUCUAUUUCCUACGAUUAGUAAUUUGAAAUGUCUUCCAAUAUUGUUCUGUUGCAGUCUCUUAGGCUUUUGUCUAUAAUGGCUGCCAUCCAAUUAGAUGAGAAAGAGGAUAAAAUUGAGAAACUGCUGUUUUCGUCCCUUAUGAAUGGCAAAGAGAGUUCAAACACUCUUGCCUCCAGCACAUGGCUAGAGGUAUCUCCAAAGGAUACGCUGAUUACACCAGCGCAAUGCAAUUCGAUAUGGGAACAAUUCCAAGCUGAUAUCUUGCCUCAAACUCAAGCUUUUGCUGAAUUGCAGGCGAUGAAAAAGGACCAGUCUAUAAGAAUUGCACAAAUUGCUACAGUCGCUGGAAUUUCCAUUUUAAAGAUUUUAACUGGAACAUGCCCUCAAAAUGGAUGA